CUACCGCUUCACGUGCCCCUCCAGGAUGUCGCGGUCCGUCCACGCCCGCGUGUAGAACUUGCGAUCGAUCAUGUCCUUAAUCUCGGAGCUCUCGGCAAACAGAUGGAAGUUGCCUCUGAAAAGGAGACAGGCACACACAGCAACACAGGGAUGCACUUGCCCUGAUCUUCGCGUGGCUGUCAGACAGACAGCGUGUCUCCUCUUGCCGACCUUUAUUCCACAGGCAUCGAUGGAUACCACCCGGGAGUGCCCUUCAGGAACAGCAGCGGGUACUGGAGCGGCUCGUACACAUGCGAGAGCACAUCGACGAACUCCAUCGCAUCGCCUCUGUGCCCCGACCUCUUCAAAGAGAUGAAGACCUUCCGCUGCUGUGGAAGGUAGGCGGACGUCGAGCAGGGCAGGACGAUGCAGACGUCGUCUGCUUCUGGCUUGAACUUGAACUGCAGGAUGAUGUCCUGCCGGCCGUUCUCUGCUAACCGGCCGAAAGCAUGAAGGUCUCGUACGAACGGAUUGUUCUCAUGGAGUAUUUCCUGACACAGUGACAGACACACACAAAGCACCCGCUGUCUGUCUCUCCCUGCACGCCGUUAAAAGAUGUGUGUCACCUUGAGUUGAUCGAUUAGGUACUUAUAGAUCUCUUGCUCUCUCGCCGACCUGCCGCCCAUCUCGCCGACUCGUUUGUCCAGCUCUUUUUUGGCUCCAGCAUUAUCGAACAUAAGCCCUACAAUCGGAUGGUCCUCGGCUGACAGGAUGCGAUGAUAGACACGGCCGUGGAUCGUCAUGUUCCCCCAGUCGUGGGGGAUUGACGCUGCCAAGUCAGAGUUGCCAUCGAAUCCGAUCGCUGUCAUGGCGAAGCUGUUGUUCAGCGACAGCGACUUGUCUCGCAGCUGCUUGCCAUAUCGCGACGCCACCAGAUCCUGCAGCUCUUUUGGCACCGGAAGGUUGUCGAGCACCGUCUUGCCUUGCUGACAGCAGAAAGAUGCACCAUCUCCCUCCCACACCAGAGCAUCGCAGUGCGGGCACGCCUUGCGCUUCGGCAGCCGAUGCAAGGCUGGGAAGGCCCUCGUCGGAUCCAACAGGGGCUGAUCGCAUGCUGCGCUCUCUGCAAACACACAGAUAGACACGGACACACACAUCAACCGAGCACGACGGAAACUUGCACACCGACCCACCGGGAUAGUGCCGCUUGACCAACUCUCCGAGGCAUCGGACAGCCCGGUCGACGCCGCUUUCACCGCCCGCCGAGUGGCACCCCUCACCCGAAAGCGCCUCACGAUCGUCAACUGCAACGGGUCCUUAGGCUUCAAAUGCACUUCGAAGCGAUGCCUCGUGAAGCUAAGCCAGCACAGCCGCCUGCUCAUCCCCUGCGCCUUGUGGUGCUCUCUCAGCAGCUCUUGCGCGAGCCGCGUCGCACUCUCGCGCGUCAGGUCCGGCUCGCGUACGUCGGUCUCCAUCUCAACCGCGCCCUCCUCGCUAUCGCUGUCCAUGCCAGGACAGGACGCAUAGUACUCCUCGUACUUGCCUCGGAUGCUCUCGAAGGCCACCAGUAGCCCCUCCUCUGUCAUGGGGCGCGGCUUCUCGCGGAAACAGACAGGCUUGGGCAGCAGCUCACCAGAUGCUGGGUUGUCGGUUAUCCUGCAGUGAAAGCGCUGCGCCGUCCAGUUCCAGGAUAUCGGUGGGCGCUGCGUGAUGAGGCACGUUUGACGAUACGCGGCAAUGAGAGCGUUGGCUCGCUCUUCUGCUUCUGAAACGCAAACAGAACCACACGUGACCGUCACCGUCUGUUCAUAUCCUCUUCCUCGCAUGUCACCUUCGGCUCUCAAGUAGCGAGGCUUUUCGUUCGGCGCCCGCUCGUCAACCUUGACCCUUUUAGCGGCCCUACCCGAUCGAGACACAGUCGAUGACUGUCGCCGUCGCUUCGUUUUCCCGGAAACGCUGCUCUUCGCGCUGACCGCUGGCCGCGACGAUGCUGCCGGCUGUGUGGUGGAUGGCUGUUGCUGCUGCUGCAUGGCUCGCCGGACGUAGUCGAAGUGGUGAUUCUCGUAGUUCAAUAGGAUCAU